GGGGCCUGCAGCCGCCCGCGCGCCGCUCGCGCCCUCCCCUUUGUGUCGCCAUGGCGGCGGCAGCGGCUACGAGGACGGCGAGCGAGGGGUUGAGCGCGGCCGGCGCCUGAGGAGGCGACUCGACCAUGGUGGCUCGCAGUACUGACAGCCUGGAUGGCCCAGGGGAAGGCUCAGUGCAGCCCCUGCCCCCCACUGGGGGGCCCAGUGUGAAGGGGAAGUCUGGGAAGAGACUCUCAGCUCCUCGAGGUCCCUUCCCCCGACUGGCUGACUGUGCCCAUUUCCACUACGAGAAUGUUGACUUCGGCCACAUUCAGCUCCUACUGUCUCCAGAGCGUGAAGGCCCCAGCUUUUCAGGAGAGAAUGAGCUUGUGUUUGGGGUGCAGGUGACCUGUCAGGGUCGUUCCUGGCCAGUUCUCAGAAGUUACGAUGAUUUCCGGUCCCUGGACACCCACCUCCACCGGUGCAUAUUUGACCGGAGGUUUUCCUGUCUCCCAGAGCUUCCCCCACCCCCAGAGGGUGCAAGGGCAGCCCAGAUGCUGGUGCCACUGCUGCUGCAGUACCUGGAGACCCUGUCGGGACUGGUGGACAGUAACCUCAACUGCGGGCCUGUGCUCACCUGGAUGGAGCUGGACAACCAUGGCCGGCGCCUGCUCCUCAGCGAGGAGGCCUCACUCAAUAUCCCUGCGGUGGCUGCUGCCCACGUAGUUAAGCGCUACACAGCCCAGGCACCUGACGAGCUGUCCUUUGAGGUGGGAGACAUUGUCUCUGUAAUUGAUAUGCCACCCACGGAGGACCGGAGCUGGUGGCGGGGCAAGAGAGGCUUCCAGGUUGGUUUCUUCCCCAGUGAGUGUGUGGAGCUCUUCACAGAGCGGCCGAGUCCAGGACUGAAAGGAGAUGCUGAUGGUCCUCUGAGUGGUGUCUCAUCUGCCCAAGGUGUCUCCUCUCUGACCUCAGCUGUGCCCCGGCCACGUGGCAAGCUGGCUGGCCUUCUCCGCACCUUCAUGCGCUCUCGCCCUUCUCGCCAGCGGCUGCGGCAACGGGGAAUCCUGAGGCAGAGGGUGUUUGGCUGCGACCUCGGGGAGCACCUCAGCAACUCAGGCCAGGAUGUUCCCCAGGUGCUUCGCUGCUGCUCUGAGUUUAUCGAGGCACAUGGGGUGGUGGAUGGAAUCUACCGGCUCUCAGGCGUGUCAUCCAACAUCCAGAGGCUCCGGCAUGAGUUUGAUAGUGAGAGGAUCCCCGAACUGUCUGGCCCCGCCUUCCUGCAAGACAUCCACAGUGUGUCCUCCCUUUGCAAGCUCUACUUCAGAGAGCUGCCAAACCCCUUGCUCACAUACCAGCUCUACGGGAAGUUCAGCGAAGCCAUGUCGGUGCCUGGAGAGGAGGAGCGCCUGGUACGAGUUCACGAUGUCAUCCAGCAACUGCCCCCGCCACACUACAGGACCCUGGAGUACCUGCUGAGGCAUCUGGCCCGCAUGGCGAGACACAGCGCCAACACCAGCAUGCAUGCCCGUAACCUGGCCAUUGUCUGGGCACCCAACCUGCUGCGGUCCAUGGAGUUGGAGUCAGUGGGGCUGGGUGGGGCAGCAGCCUUCAGGGAGGUGCGCGUGCAGUCGGUGGUAGUGGAAUUCCUACUUACCCAUGUGGAUGUCUUGUUCAGUGAUACCUUCACCUCUGCUGGCCUUGACCCUGAAGGCCGCUGCCUCCUCCCCAGACCCAAGUCCCUUGUGGGCAGCGGGCCCUCCACUCGCUUGCUGACACUGGAGGAAGCCCAGGCACGUACCCAGGGCCGGCUAGGGACAUCCACAGACCCCACGGCUUCCAAAGCCACGGCUUCACCUGUGGAUAGGAGGAAAGGAGAGAGAGGUGAAAAACCGCGGAAGACUGGGGGCAGCAGCUGGAAGACCUUCUUUGCACUGGGCCGGGGCCCCAGCAUCCCCCGAAAGAAGCCUCUGCCCUGGCUGGGGGGCACCCGUGCCCCACCACACCCUUCAGGCAGUCGCCCUGACACAGUCACACUGCGAUCUGCCAAGAGCGAGGAGUCUCUGUCAUCACAGGCCAGCGGGGCUGGCCUCCAGAGGCUGCACAGACUACGGCGCCCUCACUCAAGCAGUGAUGCUUUCCCAGUGGGCCCAGCACCUGCCGGUUCCUGUGAGAGCCUGUCCUCCUCUUCGUCCUCCUCCUCUGAGUCUUCUUCCUCUUCCAAGUCCUCCUCCUCUGAGUCCUCAGCAGCUGGGCUGGGGGCACUUUCAGCUUCCCCCUCACACCGGACCUCAGCCUGGCUAGAUGAUGGCGACGAGCUGGACUUCAGCCCACCCCGUUGCCUAGAAGGGCUGCGAGGGCUUGACUUUGACCCCCUCACCUUCCGCUGCAGCAGCCCCACACCGGGGGACCCAGCACCUCCAGCCAGUCCAGCACCCCCAGCCCCUGCCUCUGCCUUCCCACCUAGGGCGACCCCCCAGGCCCUCUCGCCACGUGGGCCCACCAGCCCUGCCUCACCUGCUGCCCUGGACAUCUCAGAACCCCUGGCAGUCUCAGUACCGCCUGCCGUCCUGGAGCUGCUAGGGGCUGGGGGGAUGCCUGCCUCAGUCACCCCAACACCAGCCCUCAGCCCCAACCCCAGCCCCAGUCUGCGCCCCCACCUCAUCCCCCUGCUGCUGUGUGGAGCUGAGACUCAGCUGAGUGACACCUGCCAGCAGGAGAUCUGCAGCAAAUUGGCACUUCCUGGUCCCCGGGGAGUCCCAGGCCAGCAAGGUCCUGGUGUGGAGUCACCACUACGGCCCCCUCCCCUGUCCCUCCUGCGCCCUGGAGGGGCCCCACCCCCACCCCCCAAGAACCCAGCACGCCUCAUGGCCCUGGCCCUGGCUGAGCAGGCUCAGCAGGUGGCCCAGAGACAGAACCAACAAGAGCAUGGGAGCACUCCAUCUGCAUCCCGCUCCCCUUUCUGCCGCUCCCUGUCCCUGGAGGUAGAACCUCCAGGAUCUGCAGGGAGUGGGCUGACGCUCCACUCCUUAGCCCACCCUGGUGCCUGGGCACCAGGACCCCCACCCUCCCUACCAAGGCAACAAAGUGAUGGGAGCCUGGUCAGAACCCCGAGGCCCCUGGGGACCUCAAGGAGGGGAUUUAGGGGCCCCACCCAGGCCAGUGCCCAGCUCAGGGCAAGUAGGGGGUUCAGGGGUAUGCUAGAGACAGCACCCCAGUUUCCAUGUCCUGUUCCCUCACAGGUUCCCACCCCUGGUUUCUUCUCCUCACCCCCCCGGGAGUGUCUGCCACCCUUCCUUGGGGUCUCCAAGCCUGGCUUGUAUUCCCUGGGCUCCCCACCCUUCCAGCCCAGUUCCCCAGCCCCAGUCUGGAGGAGCCCACUGGGUCCUCCUACACCACUCGACAGGGGAGAGAACCUGUAUUAUGAGAUUGAGACUGGUGAGGGGUCUCCCUACUCUGGCCCCAGCCGCUCCUGGAGUCCCUUUCACUCUAUGCCCCCUGACAGGCUCAAUGCCUCAUAUGGCAUGCUCGGCCAGUCACCACCACUCCACAGGUCCCCCGACUUCCUGCUCAGCUACCCACCACCCCCUGCCUGCUUUCCCCAUGACCACCUUGGGUACUCCACUUCCCAGCACUCUGUCCAGCGCCCCACCCGGCCUGAGCCCCUCUAUGUUAAUCUAGCCCUAGGACCCAGGGGUCCCUCACCUGCCUCGUCCUCUUCCUCCUCUUCUCCUGCUCAUCCCCGAAGCCGCUCAGAUCCUGGUCCUCCAGCCCCCCGCCUCCCCCAGAAGCAGCGGGCUCCCUGGGGCCCUCAUACCCCUCACAGGGUACCUGGGCCUUGGGGCCCUCCUGAGCCACUCCGGCUCUAUCGGGCAGCCCCGCCAGCCUAUGGGAGAGGGGGCGAGCACCUCCGAGGAUCCUUGUAUAGGAAUGGGGGGCGAGGAAGGGAGGGGGCUGGUCCCCCACCUCCCUACCCCACUCCCAGCUGGUCCCUCCACUCUGAGGGCCAGACCCACAGCUACUGCUGAGCCAGAGCUGGGAGAGACCUACCUCCCAUCCCUCCCUCUUAAAGAUCUUGGUCCAACCCAAUCCCAUGUUUUGUAUUUUGAGCCCCCAACUUCCUACCCCAGGUUUCUAACUUUGUAACUUCUGAUGUGGGUCCCUUACCUGGUCCAUAGCUUCCUGCCCUGCCACCUCCCCCAUCCUGGGGGCUCUUGCACAAAUCUGAGGAGCAUCCUCCCUCCUUCCCUUUCACUCCAGGAACCCCCAGCAUGUCUUGACCUAUGCACAGGGGGUAUCUUCCCCCACAUACCCUACUAAACCAUCUGAAAGAAUUAGUGAAUAAAAAUGGUGAAAAUGUG